AAAGAUUAUGUAAAUAAAUUAUAGCAUUAUGACAACUUUUAUAUUGUCACAAAAGUAAAAGAUUAUGUAAUAAAAAUAUAAUUAUGACAAUUAUUAAGACAACUUUUAUAUUCUUAGGACAACUUUUAUAUAAUUAUGAUGAAAGAGUAUUUUAAAAAUAUAGAUUUUGAAAAUAAUUUAUAUAAUUAUGACAACUUUUAUAUUAUUAAGAAAACUUUUGUCAUGUUAGGAAAAAAAACACCAAUGUCUUCCUCAUCAAGUGAUGAAGUUGAUGAAGCUGUCGAAGAGAUGGUCGACCAAGUAGUUGAUAAUUUCAUCGACUCAGUGAUUCAUGCUCAUCCCAACAAGCCGACGAGAAGAGCUUAUAUCGAAAGACAUCGGGAACAAGGACACAAUCAACUAUGGAACGAUUAUUUCACGGAAAAUCCUACAUACCCACCGGAAAUGUUUAGGAGGCGUUUUCGAAUGAACAAGCCUUUGUUCCUUCGCAUUGUCGAACGUAUAACUAAUGAAGUUCCAUACUUUCAACAAAGACGAAAUGCUUGCGGAAGGAACGGGCUAUCUGCACUUCAAAAGUGUACGGCAGCUAUACGUAUGCUGGCAUAUGGUCAAUCGGGAGAUACAUAUGACGAAUAUCUCCGACUUGGUGACAGUACAUCACGUUUAUGUUUAGAAAAUUUCACUAAUGCAAUAAUUUAUUUGUUUGGAGAUGAGUAUCUACGAAGCCCUACACCUGAAGAUCUUCAACGAUUACUCGAUGUCGGAGAGGUAUGCGGGUUUCCAGGGAUGAUAGGCAGCAUCGAUUGUAUGCAUUGGGAGUGGAAAAACUGUCCAACAGCUUGGAAAGGUCAGUACACACGUGGUUCAGGAAAGCCGACAAUUGUCUUAGAAGCCGUGGCAUCACAGGAUCUUUGGAUAUGGCACGCAUUUUUCGGAUUACCAGGUACCCUCAACGAUAUCAAUGUUCUUGAUCGGUCACCAGUUUUUGAUGACAUCUUACAAGGUCGAGCACCUAAAGUUAAGUUCAAGGUCAACAACCACACUUAUCGUAUGGCCUACUACCUUACGGACGGAAUUUAUCCGAAAUGGGCAACAUUUAUCCAAUCCAUCCCACUUCCUCAAGGUCCUAAAGCUGAGCUAUUUGCUGAACGUCAAGAAUCCACCAGAAAAGAUGUCGAACGGGCUUUUGGAGUAUUGCAAUCGAGGUUUGCAAUUGUUAACAACCCAGCUCUACUAUGGGACAAGGAAAAGAUAGGAAAGAUUAUGAGAACUUGUGUCAUAUUGCACAAUAUGAUAGUAGAGAACGAACGACACGGAUACGCUCAAAUUGAUACAUCUGAGUUCGAGUUAGGAGAGUCAAGCAGAAGUUCGAGGGUGCAACGGAGAGAAAGUAUUCAUGUCGGUGAUAUGUUAGGCAUUCGCAGAGAAGUUCGAGAUAAAGAGAAGCAUGAUCGUUUGAAAGCUGAUUUAAUGGAAAAUAUAUGGCAAAAGUUUGGUAAUGAAGAUUAAUAAUGUUUUUAUGUUCUUCUAUUUCUCAAUUUAUGUAAUCUACUCUUAUGUAUUGAAUAAAAAGUUUUAAAAUAUUUAUAAUAUAUUUUAAUAUUUUAUUUAUGUAUUCUCAAUAAUUUGAAAUUUUCUUUUUUUUAAUUUAUAUUAUUAUUUUAUUCCUAUGAACU